AUGACAAUUCCGUACGCAAAAAUGCGAUUGAUAUAAAUGUAACCUGUAGAUUCAGACGAGUUAAAUAUGUGUUUGUGCGUAAACGCUGUUUUUAGGUGAACGCGAAGUGAGAUUAAUGAUGGAAAAAUAGCAGUUUAAAGCGAACUGGAUCUCAGUGAUUUUGUAGAAUGGAGCGAAUAUUUUUUCCUGGCAAUCUUUACGUCCGGGCGUCUUUGCUCUGGUGCGUUCAGUGCAAUGAAGGAAAUGUUUUUUAGCCACGGGCUGUCGUCUCUUUUGGGAACGAGUGCGCGUCACAAGGGCUGGAGAGAGCGCGCAGAGCUUUUCCUCGCGGUGCUACCAGUUGCUGUCUAAGCGACUCGGUUUGAUUUCCUGAAGUGACAUUAUCGGUGCCAGAAUGAGUGGUUAUUAUCUGUUAUUAGCCAUCUUUAUUUGUCUAAAUUUAAAAAAGGCAAAAAUACGCCGCGCGCAGUGAAUAGUCUGUGCGUAAAUGUUAAACCGUGAAGCAUUUCUCUGGUUGGGCGACGGUGUUUACGUUACAUGAUUGUCUGUGUUUUUGCUUUUCAGUAGGCGAGAGGUGGGGGUGGAGGUGUUGUCGGGGUGAGCGACCCGUCUUUAGAUUUUAGGGUGUGUAGAUUGAGGCGCGUAAAUAUGCGCUUUCUCUCGCGCUCGCGGGUUAAAUAAUUAACCCACGUGAACCACCUUUUGUAUCCAGGUGAUCCACGGUUCCUUUCCUUCCCCGAAGCCAACACCUCACUCCCGCUCCACGUGCGCUCGCUCGCUCGCUCGCUCGCGCUGACACGCAAAGCCACGCACCACAAGUGGAAAUUGUUGCUCUGGCUCCGCUCUGAGAGGAAAGAUCAGAGAUUAAGGGGGUAACCCAAAUGCUCCGAGGGUUUAGGGCUUUGUGACUUUCAUUGUGCGUGAGGGUUACUUUCCGGAUAUGGAGGAAUGAGCGCAGAAAUGAAGGGUCAGUGACGUUCGCUGGCCGCUCGUCUGCGCCGAGACUGCACGUAUAUAUUAAAAAUCCUUCACUUACUUCACUAUACAUUUAUUUGUGGCGGGGGGUGUUGGAUAACGGUUUUGAACCUUAACCCCGUUCGUGCACUAUAAUCGCGGUGCACACGCAUCUUGCUGGAGAGGCCACGCACAAAGGAGCACGGAGGUUUGAAAGGAGGUUUGUUAAAAGAAGAGUGACUGAUGGAGCAUGACCGAGCGAGUAAACAGGGACCACCGGGGUCCUUAAAUCCACUCAACAGUAGCAGCAGCGCAAUAUCAACAAUAACAGAAAUAAGACAAUUAACAGCUGAAUUUUAUUGCUUUCUUCUUUUCUUUCAAAUCUUACAUUAAAUCGAAAUGAAUUUAAAUUUCAGAUGAAUGAAUUUAAAACCAACAUUUUACGCCAGUGCCUUAAAUGUAUUUUUACGUCUGGGAAUUCUGAAAUAGCACAUUUUAAAAUAUUAAUUUGUAGUAGUGCAAUUAUGUAGCCGUUUAGUUUUAUAAUUUAAUAUUUGCUUUUAAAGGUGCAUUUUGCUGUCACGUGGGGAACAUUUGUCAGGCUGUAAUAUCGAGACCACGCUCAGUCUCGUUUAUUUUUCUUCCCUCUUGCCUGUUUUUCUUGCUUUCACUAAAACCUCUCCUGGUUGACAUCAUUAUAUUGUCAUCUUUCUCGGGCCUGAAGCCACGUGGCCUGGACCAGCGUAACCGUUUACUGACCAUUGUGAUAUCCCGUUUACCCUAUUACCAAAGACGCAUGGAUCCGUCCGAGUGAUCUCGCUCCCUCAGGCCCUACGCAGAGGGCUAUAUCAAGCUAAGCUCUAAUUAAAAUAAAACAGCAAAAGGACGAUUGAAUGAUUAAAUCGUUAGUCUCGCCGCGGGAAGUGGUAUUUCGUUUUCCCUUUCAAUUAGAGGUUGAUUGGGCUUUUCAGGGGAGGUCAGCUGUGAAAUCUGGAUUAUAUAUGCGCAAACUCAAAAACGCUCUCCUCUCGCGGCCGACGCACGGGCUGCUUGACUGCGUGUUCGGCGUGCGAAAUGUAACGCAACAGCUACAAACGCGUCCACUUGCAGCGGUUUAGCGCUGACAUUUUCUUAAUCCUCACCCGCACACAGAGUCUUGGCCAACUGAUCCAGCACCACCAGCAGACGGCGAUAACUGCGCUUUGCCCCCGACGAUCUGGCGUCAUUAUAUGGCUCAUCCAUCCUUACUUCUUCACUUAGACCAACAGUGUUUUACCAAAUCUCUUUCACGUCAUCUUCUGUGCUGAGGCCAUUAUUACAUCCCUGGAGAGGGAGACAAAGAGAGAGAUUGUCUGUAAAUGGAUAUUGAGGGGUUUGUGAGCAUCGAGUCGUCUGGAAUUGAAUUAUUUUGGUGGUGCUUGAAGGUUAUUUCCAGUGCAUAAACAUGCACUUGGGCGCAGACUUCUGUGACGCUCGGUGACUGUGAGAGAAAUCUGUUUCAGAUGGAAAAAAAAAAGAUUUCACUCACAAACCGCUCCUUGAUGUGGAAGCUGCGUUUCGGUGUGUUUUUAAUUCGGAACGGGACUAUGUAUUUUUCAAAAAAUAUGUCGAGAUGUUUGAGUCAUCGUAAUCACAGGCUGCACCCACUGUUUGGCCGCUAAAUCACCGCUAACACAUCUUAGUUAUUUUGGUUUAGUUGGAGUCUCAGAGCGUGUUUGGAAAUUUCAAAUGCCUUGUGCUAUUUGUGGGAUUGACCCUCCUCUUUGCCUCCUCCCUCUCCUCCUCCUCCGGUGUGUUCUUCCUCUAUGGUCCUCUAGUCACCUGACCAAACGCCAUGCAAAUCAUUCCGCUGCUACUACCUCAUUGGCCGCUUGUGGCUCAUUUAACCGCUGUCAGUGCGCAUCAUAUGGCCGCCGCUUUAACCAACUUCUCAACUCCGACAGGGAAAGUGGCUCAAAUACGCAUUCUGUCACAGUGGAUGUGAACCAAGCCAGGCGAAGACGAGGUGAAAUACUGGUUGGAAAACCUUUUACGUACGCUUUCGGAUUAUUUGUCUCGAAUUCUAUUCGUUUGGGGUUAGAACGUAUAUUUUCGAACCCAUUCAUCCGGUGCGCACCCGAUCCUGCGCGCGCCUGACGUAUCUUGAAAUAGACUUUUUUUUUUCUCUGUUGGUGGCGACUUUUAAAACCGGGUGAAUGUAUAGCAUGAUGAUGGAAACUGACCUUCAUUCCCCCGUCCCCCAAACGAACACGACCACGGGGCAAACGGGGCCGAAUAGCGGGUCCAAAGCGAACCAGGAGCGCGUGAAGAGACCGAUGAACGCGUUCAUGGUGUGGUCCCGCGGGCAGCGGAGGAAGAUGGCACAGGAGAACCCCAAAAUGCACAACUCUGAGAUCAGCAAGCGGCUGGGCGCCGAGUGGAAGGUGAUGUCCGAGGCUGAGAAGCGCCCUUUCAUUGACGAGGCGAAACGGUUGCGAGCCAUGCACAUGAAGGAGCAUCCGGAUUACAAGUACCGGCCAAGACGGAAGACCAAGACGCUGCUGAAAAAGGACAAAUAUUCCCUCGCCAGUGGACUGCUUUCUGGGCCCACUGCCGGUGGUGGAGUUGGUUUAGGGGUCGGCAUGAGUUCAUCCGGGGUCGGGCAGAGGUUAGAGAGCCCCGGGGGUCACGGAGGCUCCGCCGGCUCCGGCUACGCGCACAUGAACGGCUGGGCGAACGGUGCGUACUCGGGGCAGGUGGCUGCGGCCGCGGCGGCCGCGGCUAUGAUGCAGGAGGCGCAGCUAGCCUACAGCCAGCACCCGGGCAGCGGAGCGCACCACCACCACCACUCGCACCACCACCACUCACACAACCCGCAGCCCAUGCAUCGCUACGACAUGACAGCGCUGCAGUACAGCCCCAUCUCGAACUCUCAGAGCUACAUGAACGCUUCUCCGUCCGGCUACGGCGGGAUCACCUACACACAGCACCAAGGCUCCGGCGUCUCCUCCUCGGCUGCCAUGGGGACGUUAGGGUCGCUGGUGAAGUCGGAGCCGAGUACUUCUCCGCUGUUGGAAUGGCAUCUGCACUGAAACUUUAUGCCCGGAGUGAAGCGUCCGUCGUGGCUAUCUCCAGUGGACAUGGAUCGCCGCGGGAGGACUGCGAUUAACAGAUAGCACCGCGUCUCUGCUGCUGGCAGGCCGUCAUUACGACGGGCACUUAGAGACGGGUGCUGUUGGUGAAAAGACCUUUUGGAAAAUGUCAGCAACAGUCAGAGCCCUAAAUUCCUUUCACUUGCUCGUCCUCCUGUGAUGCUACCUGCGCUAAACCCCUUAAUUACACGAGCCUCUUCCCCUAACGCUCAAUGUUAGUGUCUGCUUUCAGGGAGCGCUCUUAUUUUGUUAGGUUGGACCUCACAAAAUGGAACACAGACCUAUAUUUCACCCAGCUCAGCAGAAAUAAACACACCAAAAACAAAACAGCCACAAACCCACAGCAGCUCAGUCCCCGUCCCGUUCCACUGGAGCCGGCUUCACCGUCUUAAUACUCUUAGUCCCUCAGUUGGCAUGUUUUCCAAGAAUUCACUGCAUUUUCAGAUUUGUAAAAUCCGUCAAAAUGCCUGUAAUGAAUCUUUCUACAGCCUGGAAUGUAUUUAAUGUGCUGUUUGACCAGCCCAACAGAAAACGUGCAGCUCCUUCUGCUUCCCUCUGGGACUCUAGCUCAUCCCUCAGGAAACACUGAAACAGGCCAUUCAGGACCACGUUCUAUCAAGCAGAAACCAUUAAGCAUUAAUCUGGGUAUACAUUCAGGUCCUAAUCAGAAUAUUUCCCCUCAGCUCUUAUAUUUUGCAGUUUGAUCAUUUAUUUGUCUUUGCUGUUGUUGUUUCAUGUACAGUACAAUAGCUUUCGCUGAAAAAACCCCAACAACUAAUAAACAAACUCUUAAAUCAAA